AUGAUUGAUACUGGGAAAGCAUUCUGUAUGGCCAACAAGCAGUUCAUGAAUGGAAUUCGAGAUCUUGCACAAUAUUCCUGUAAAGAUGCAUUGGUUGAGACGAGUUUGACAAAGUUCUCUGACACCUUACAGGAAAUGAUCAAUUAUCACAAUAUCCUGUUUGACCAAACCCAAAGAUCAAUUAAAGCACAGCUUCAGACUUUUGUUAAAGAAGAUAUUAGGAAAUUUAAAGAUGCAAAGAAACAGUUUGAAAAAGUUAGUGAAGAAAAAGAGAAUGCUCUAGUAAAAAAUGCCCAGGUUCAAAGAAAUAAGCAACAUGAAGUAGAGGAAGCAACCAAUAUUUUGACUGCAACACGGAAAUGUUUUCGACACAUAGCUCUGGAUUAUGUUCUUCAGAUCAAUGUUCUUCAGUCUAAAAGGAGAGCAGAAAUCUUAAAAUCGAUGUUAUCAUUUAUGUAUGCCCAUCUGGCUUUUUUCCAUCAAGGCUAUGAUCUUUUCAGUGAACUUGAACCCUACAUGAAAGAUCUUGGUGCACAGCUGGAUCAGUUGGCUGUAGAUGCUGCAAAGGAGAAGAGAGAUAUGGAGCAAAAGCACUCCACUAUUCAACAAAAGGAUUAUUCCAGUGAUGAUACUAAACUAGAAUACAAUGUAGAUGCAGCCAAUGGUAUUGUUAUGGAAGGUUAUCUAUUUAAGCGAGCCAGCAACGCCUUCAAGACUUGGAACAGGAAAAAGCCAGAUCACAUCAGGCGCUGGUUCUCAAUACAAAAUAACCAACUUGUGUACCAGAAGAAAUUUAAGGAUAAUCCCACAGUAGUUGUUGAAGACUUACGACUUUGCACAGUUAAACACUGUGAAGACAUAGAAAGGCGUUUCUGUUUUGAGGUGGUUUCUCCAACAAAAAGCUGCAUGCUUCAGGCUGACUCGGAAAAGCUGCGGCAGGCAUGGAUUAAGGCUGUUCAGACCAGUAUUGCUACAGCAUAUAGAGAGAAAGGGGAUGAGACUGAGAAACAGGAAAAGAAAUCAUCCCCUUCUACUGGAAGCCUAGAAUCUGGGAGUGAGGUGAAAGAGAAGUUGUUAAAGGGAGAAAGUGCUCUACAGCGAGUGCAGUGUAUUCCUGGUAAUGCUGCCUGCUGUGAUUGUGGUUUGCCAGAUCCUCGCUGGGCCAGUAUCAACCUAGGAAUCACGCUGUGCAUUGGGUGCUCUGGGAUACACAGGAGCUUGGGAGUCCACUUUUCAAAAGUAAGAUCUUUAACGCUGGAUUCAUGGGAACCUGAACUUCUAAAGCUUAUGUGUGAAUUGGGAAAUGAUGUUAUAAAUAGAAUAUAUGAAGCGAAAUUGGAAAAAGUGGGAGUAAAGAAGCCACAACCUGGAAGCCAAAGACAGGAGAAGGAGGCAUACAUCAGAGCAAAAUAUGUGGAAAGAAAGUUUGUAGAGAAGCAACCUGUGUCAGCAUCUCCGCUUGAAUCUGGAACAAAAGUUUUGCCUCAAAGUCAGGAAGAGAAAAGUCACAGUGGCCCUGAAAAAUCCCUUUUGGCAGGGGAGCAAGUAAGAAGCAGUGACAGUGGGAUCCAGCAGAGUGCUGAUGACAGCAGAGAACACCUUGCCUCUACUAUAUCAACUAACAGUUUGUAUGAACCAGAAGGAGACAAGCAAGAAUCUUCUGUGUUCUGUGACUCCAAACAGCCUAGCCCAGGAUUGCAGCUCUAUCGAGCUGCCUUUGAGAAGAAUCUUCCCGAUAUGGCAGAAGCAUUGGCCCAUGGAGCUGAAGUAAACUGGGUCAAUGUAGAAGAAAACAAAGCAACACCACUCAUUCAGGCAGUGCAAGGGGGUUCGUUGGUUACUUGUGAAUUUUUGCUGCAGAAUGGGGCCAAUGUGAACAUCAGAGACAUGAAAGGAAGAGGACCCCUGCACCAUGCCACGGUUCUAGGACACACUGGACAAGUGUGUUUAUUCCUAAAACGAGGAGCAAACCAGCAUGCCACUGAUGAAGAUGGGAAAGAUCCAUUGAGUAUAGCAGUAGAAGCUGCAAAUGCAGAUAUUGUAACAUUGUUGCGCUUAGCAAGGAUGAAUGAAGAAAUGCGUGAAUCGGAAGGACUCUAUGGACAGCCAGGAGAUGAAAUUUAUCAGGACAUUUUUCGUGACUUUUCUCAAAUGGCAUCAAAUAAUCCAGAGAAGCUAAACCGUUUCCAGCAGUCAGACUCUCAGAAGUCUUAAUUGUAAAGAAGAAAAAGAACCUGAUCCUUAUAGUGCAAGUGGUUUUUUUACUUUAACAGAGUGAAUUAUAUGCAUUUUGUUAGAUAGUUUGGAUAAAAUGACCACUCUAAUGUAGCU